AUCAGCUGUGUAUCAUACACUGGGAACAUGUAACAUAACAAAUGUGCGUAUUUAAAAUUUCGAUGUGAAAAUGUCCACUGAGACAAUUUUAAAAAAAACAACUCAAUGUUUAUGAUAACUUCGUUGUGGAAGAAACAUGGCGCGCCGGAGGAGCAGUGGUAUCACGAGCCUGGGAUUUAACCAGGAUCAAGGCUGCUUCACAUGCUGCCUAACAUCUGGCCUGCGGGUCUACAAUGUGGAUCCUCUUGUUGAAAAGGCACAUUACAGCAAAGAAGAGCUGGGUGAAGUGUCACUAUGUGAAAUGGUGUUCCGAACCAACUGGCUUCUUGUUGUGAGAGCGCGCCGGCCCUGCAGUCUCAUGCUGUUAGAUGAUCAGCAACGGGCUUACAAAGCUGAAGUGCUAUUCAAAUCACCAAUAAGAGCUCUGCGCGCUAGGAAAGACAAGGUAGCUGUAGUACUCCACUCUUCUAUACAAGUCUUAUCACUGCCGUCGUUAGCGCGAGUCGCAUUGCUGAGGACGCCGGCGACUGCACGACCUUUGUGCGCGAUCGCAACGGAUCCAAACGCGCUUCAAUUGCUCGCUGCGCCUGCGCAUCGGAAAGGCUCAUUGCAGCUAUUGGACGUAUCCCGAGCAGUUAAAGGUGCAGCUUCAAGUUCCCCCGCCGUUGUUGGUUGCCAUCAAACGGAUUUAGUUUGUAUUAGUCUAUCAGCUAACGGGGCGAAGCUCGCCACGGCCUCCGAGAGGGGAACGAUCAUACGCUUAUGGGACACCACCACCAAGCAUAUGCUGCACGAGUUGAGACGAGGCUCCGAUUAUGCUGAUGUUUAUUGUAUAAACUUCAACUGGUCGGGCUCGCUGGUGUGCUGCGUGUCGGACAAGGGCACGCUGCACGUGUGGCUCGCGCGCGGCUCGUACGCGCACGUGUGCGCCGCGCCCGCCGCGCCGCCGCUGCGCGCGCUCUGCGCCUUCAGCGACGACACCAGCGCGGUCGUCGUUAGUGAAGACGGAACAUUUCACAAAUUCACAUUUUCUGCCGAAGGUAACUGCCAUCGAAGCGAUUUUGAAUAUUUCUUACAGGUAGGCGAUGAUGACGAAUUUUUGCAUUAAUUAUAAUAUCGCUAGAUCAGAUUAACAGACAAUAAAUCAUUUUUAAGUGAUUAAAGGUGAAUCAAAAAGUGAUAAAACACAGUGUUUACAUUUAUAAGCCAUUUCGGAUCCACACGAUGGUGUAUUUUUGCUAAAUUAUAAUUGGCUGAACUUUUUUAAGGUUAAUAUAAGUAUUUUGCGCAAUUGUGAUAUUGUUAAUUUUGAAAAGGUUGCGUAUUAAGUAUAAAAAAAAAGGAUUUAAUAUUGCGAGAUAGUAAUAAAACAUUAAUAAUUACGGAUUUCAUAAGACUGCGCUCACAUAAACUAAAUAAUUUUAACAAAUACGUCAGUGUAAAUUAGUACUUAUAUUAUCCUUAAAACCUUAUUUUUUAAAAUCGACGUUGUAUCGUAUCGUAUCCAUCGACAGUAUAAAAUGGUUUAAAUAAAAAAAAAGACCUCGCUGAUAAAUAUUGUAUAGGGGGCUUCUCUCUUUCUGUCGUCGAUAAUUUGACAUUUGAAACGUUUUAGAUAUGUUUUUAUGAUUCCAAAAAGUUGUAAAAACCAUUCUAUACUGUAGUAAUGAUUUAUAUAAAUUUAUCUUACGUCAAUUUUAUCUUUAUUAUUUCUAGCACGGUGGAAAUAUAUUUAAAGUGAUUUUAUAUAAUGAAACGUUCAUUUUUACGUUCAUAAUUAAAAUGAGAGCAACGAAAACUUCAUCAACACAAAUUGACAUAUAUGAUUAAUGCAUAGAUAAUGAAAAUAGACUGUCAUUUGUUUUUAAUGUCUCACAUACCUUCUUAUUUUAAAAAGACAAUGGGCACUAAAAUAAGCAUUUUUAUAAUAGUUUUGGAACAGUGUAGAUUAUAAAGAAAAUUUUAAAGAAUGAAGAUCUGAAUGCACUGAAAGAAUGAAUGAAAAAAAUUGAAAAUAUCUUUCUUAAAUUGUAUUUGCAUAGGGAUAUUAUUUUGAAAUAAUGUUAUAGUUUAUUUCUAAAGUCACAAAUCUUAUCAUAAAAUUAAAUAAUGUACCUGUUUAUAAAAGCUUUUCUUGCUUUUUAACUGUAUUAAUUAUAUUUUGUAAUGGCAACUACAUCCAAUCCAAUGUAUCAUUCUAAAUUCUAUACACUUCUUGGUUGUUAUAAAUAAGUAAUUAAACAAAAACGGUAAAAUAUUACAAUUAAAGAUACUUUAAAAAAAAACUAGAUUUGUUAACAUUUGUAAAUCUUUGAAAAUCGUACAAAAUACAUAACAGUCUUAAUAAAGUGUAUUUUGAAAAAGGAAUAAACUCGAAAUUUAAAAUUAUUUCUUUGUAACAAAAAACAUUUGCAUGAUAAGGGUGCUAUUAACAUAUGAAUCUUAACAAGUCUCAGAAAUAUUGCAAUAAACACCAUUUAACUAUUUUUUAAGGAAUUAACAUAGUAUUUAAUAUUUUUAUUUAACUAAAUUAAAGUCCUUAACGCGCAAUAUGUAUAGAAUCAUAUGUUUGUGAUGUCACGUGUUCUAAAUAUAUAAUGAUUAAUUAUUAUUAGAGGUUUUAUACGAUUAAUAUAUUUAAUACAAAUAAAACUAAUUUUAAACGUAUCUCGCUAUACUGAUACUAGUAAUAAAAAUCUUGUCAUCAAAAAUAUAUUUUUAAUUUUAUUUCACUUAAAGCAAAGUUAAAAUUUUAGAUUCUAACGCUCAAUGUACCUUUAUGCAUUUGCUCAUUUUUAUGGGAAUUCGAAAAAUAUUUUCUUUUAUAAGUCAAAUAACAGGUGAAUGAAUAAGAUUAGUGAAUGGAUGAAAUCAUUCAGUCAAAUAUGUUCUGUAUACAUAAAUUUAUGUAACGGUUAAAACUUUAAAUAGUGUAUGCAAUUGAAUGAUUUAAUUUAGUUGUGUGUGUUAAUUACGAGCAUAUCCAUUAGAUUUAGUUAUGAUGUUAGUUAAAUUUUUGAACUGAGAGAUAUUUUUGUGAGAGAUAGGUUUAAACUUUAAUAUAUAGAAUACACUAACCCCUUGUGUUGUUUCAAAUCUGUAUAACUUUGUAAAUAUAUUUUAGCCGCAUAGCUUUUAUAUAUUGACGCUAGGAACUUAGUGACAAAUCAAUGUGUCUGCUAAUUUUUACUUUAAAUAGGAUAAUGACAACACUAUGAGAAAAGCUAGUAAAUAAAUAAAAGUAUAUAAAAAUUGUGGUACCCAUGAAUUUUUUAAUAAAUAGUUUGUUACUUUCCAUUUACUAAUUACUUACUAAGCAUCGUGUGUCAUUAUACUUAAUUAAAUGUAUCGUUAAGAUUCAGACAUUUUAUCAAAUAAAAAAUGGGCACCUUUUGUAAAUAUGAGAAAUUAAGUUUAUUUUUUUAAUGGAAAUUGUGACAUUAUACUCCACUGUUUUGUAACUAACAAUAAGUUGUGGAGUCAACAGUAUAGGAUUUGCAAUUUUCACAAUAAAAAAUAUUUUUAAUCAUUCUUUUUUUUUAAC